UCAAAGCAGAAUACCGGAAGUUGCUGCCAACACAAACACAAAUAUUAUUUUUUGACAUUUGUUUCCAAAUAAUGACACAAUGAACAUUUUAGCAUACCUUUGGCGGAUGACAAGACGAUAUGUCUUAAGUCCGGAGUCGUUUUUCGUUGUGAUCGUAUUGAUUGUCAUCUACAACACAAUUGUCAAUUUUACACCUCUGACUUUGUGGCAAAAAGCUAGGGAAAAGUUAAGAUUUACUACAGUUCCAUCGUUUAGAAAACAAGAUAGUAAUGACCAGAAGCAGAACCUCUAUUGGCCUUCAGACCCAAGCAAAUCAUCCUGGGAGUUUAAAAGUGGAAAUGUAGCAGUUUACUCGAUACAGGGGCGGCGUCCUCACAUGGAAGACCGAUUCAAGAUUGUCAAUGGCGGAAAUAAUAGCAGGCCUUCAAUAUUUGGAAUAUUUGAUGGGCAUGGAGGCGAAUUUACAGCAGAGUAUGCGCAGCAAAAUCUUCACACCAUGAUCCUGUCAUCCGUGAAGAAUGGAGAUGAGGACAUUGGGGAGGUACUUACUAAACAGAUUCUUGAUGUCGACGAAAUGAUCAUGAAGGAAGUUAAACACAAGUCUGACAUUUCAGGUUCAACAGCUCUUGUUGCCAUGGUUUCUGGGACCAAGCUCACUGUAGCAAAUGUGGGCGACUCCAGAGGGGUGAUGUGUGAUGAACAAGGAAACACUGUUCCUCUAUCUUUUGACCAUAAACCAAACCAGACAUCAGAACAUCAAAGAAUCAAAGAUGCUGGAGGUUUUAUUGGUUUCAACGGUGUGUGGCGAGUGGCUGGGAUUUUAGCGACAUCACGGGCACUCGGCGAUUAUCCACUUAAAGAACGAAAAUUUGUCAUAGCUGAACCAGAUAUUUUGACAUUUGAUCUGAGCGAAAUCCGUCCAAAAUUUUUAAUACUUGCUACAGAUGGAUUAUGGGAUUGUUUUUCAAACGAAGAGGCUGUGGAAUAUAUUAAAGAACGUCUGGAUGAGCCUCAUUUUGGUGCUAAAAGUAUCAUUCUACAAGCUUACUAUAAAGGGUCUUUAGAUAAUAUCAGCGUUAUUGUGGUGAAGUUUGAUGAGAAGUCUUUUAAAAAGAAAUCAAGAUAGUGAACAUUUGUUAAGACUGUUGGUUUUGAAGAACAAAGUUGAAGUAUUGUGAUAGCCAUGGUUUUGUCAACAGCAUUGUCAUUGUGCAUACACUCUACCUUGGCCAUCAGUCAGCAACCUUUGAAAAUAUUCACAUGAAUCUUCGUACACAUGUUAUCACUGAAAGAAAUGCACUUGAGUAUCAAGGUCCAUAACUCUGGUUUGAUUUAUAGCUGAAUCAUACCCCUUUAUCAAUUAAAAACAAACAUUGCGGUUAUCUUGUUAUAAUAUAAAUUGUAUCUAACAGCAAAUUUGGUUGUCUUUGAAAUUAUUUGUUUCAGUUGUAAUGCAGAACUCUUCAAAAAGCACCUAGUUAAAAUUCCAUUAUAUUCAAGAUUAAAGACAAUUUAAAAAUGAUUUGUUGUAAAAUAUAAAAAUGUGCCUCAAUAUUAUUGAUGCAUGUAACAUAAAAAGUUCUACUCCAUGAACUUGAGAAGCGUUUUAGCCCAAAAAUAAUCAACACUCAAUCUCUUUAAAUUUGAUCUGCUGAAAACUCUGGCGGGAAUUCACAUUCCAUUAUGUACAUGUUAGUAAUGUUUGUGAUGUUAACUAAUGGCUUCAGUAUGAUAUGUGGGCUUGGUUUAUUCAGACAUUGUAUGGGUAAAUCUACUUAAUAUUUUUAGACAUAGUAUUUUGAGAAAGAAUCUAUUUUUGUAAGGCAAGGAAUUCGUCUUCAAGUAGAAUCAUUUCAAUAUCAUCAACUUCUGUUCAAAAUUCAUUGUUGUCAACCACAGUUAUCAUUCCGUUAACAUAUUCAUUGAUAACCAAGGCUUCUUUUAAAUGAUUUUUGGAGUAAAGAUAAUUGAAAAGUGUGUUGAUAUGGGGAUUCUAACCAACACCAUUUGUUUGAGGCCCACAGUCAAGAGUGGUACUGUCUGAGCUAUCACACACUGCAACAUUUUAAAAAACAAAACACAAGAUUAUGCCACGUUAGACGUCUCGCAACACUUGAUGGAGUUAAGUGCGUAAUCAAGUACCGAUAUAUCUGUUUAUGUUUAAAAUCAGGAUCGACUUCCGUUUCAUGUAGAUAACACAUGACAAAAAACCUAUUUCCAUUUUCCAAUAAUGAAGAAUCAACCAAAUUCUUUUUCAUAAAUAUAUCUUUGUAAUUAGCUAAACUUCCCUACAAGUCAUUCAUUUCUUUAUCGUUUUAGCAUUGUUAUUUUAAUGCAGAAAUACAUACUAUUAUACACUUAACAUGAAAAGAACUGUGCAACUUUCUAAAAAAUAUUUUUUAUAACCUUUUAAACAGAAAGAAGGAAAGGCUUUUAAUUAAUGAACAAUUCUUUAUUUUGGAGGGGGGGGGGUGGUGGCUACUCUUUUGCCAUAUAAUAGGGUGACUUUAUUAUUCUUCUAAUUGGUUAUGGGAUAUGUUUUGUCUAUUUCUUUCCAAACAAUUGCUAAAAAUUGUCUUUUGGCGGAUCAUGUUUAAAAGGUAAAAUUAUGCGUAAGCUACAAGUUUAAUAUGUUUAUUAUGCGGACUCCCCAGGCUAUUCAGAAAUCCAUUGGAUAUAUUCUGUAUCCUAGAGUUGUGUGGGUUCUGGCAAUUGUUUUUACAGACCUUUAUCAAUCCUUGUAUGUGUUACAUUCUCAAUUACCUGACAAUGUAGAUUUACCUGCAUUCAUGUUACUUAUGUAUUUUAAAUUAAAGUCAGUAACAUGUGAGUGUUAUAAACCUCACCUUUAACAAAUAGAUUAUUAAACAGAUACUAUUUAUGUAUAGAAGAUAAUGGUUUGUUGCAGUGAUAGAUUGUAAUGUAAUGUAUUUCACCGAAUGAGCACCAAAGGCUAUAUUUCACAUGUGGUGUAAAAUUGCACAUAAAUCGCUAUAAUUUACCAGAAAACAUGUGCCAUAAUGAAAGUAUUUAAAUUAAAAUAUAAGAAUAAUACGUUUUUAAACCACUUAUCUCAACACCUGUGUUUUAUUUUGCACAAGUGUAUAGUUAACAUUGUACUAUUUUUCUGUUGCAUAAUAUCCUCAGCGCUUAUCAGCGCUUAUCGCUGUGGCUGCAUUCUCGAAAAGUGUACAGCAAAGCAUUAAAUCACUUAUUCUGUGUAAUGUAUGGUAGUCUAUAAGAAUAUAAUGUAGGUUACACUUCGUGAAUACCACUUGAUUUUAAACAUAAUAUUGCAGAUUUUACAUAAUUGAUAAUUAAUAGACGAGGCUUGUCAAACUAUUUCUGAUGAUCAAUAAUUAUUUUGGACCGGUUUUCAAACCCUUGGCAAAACUCAAACAGCUGUUUAAAAUGUUCACAUGAUACAAGUUAACACAUGUCUAUAGUGACAAUAUCCAGGGUCUUAACUCUACUCUAAAUUAUUACAGAGUUGUACACCUUGAAAUGACAGAACAACUGGCAUCCGCUUGCCAUGCUCUUGUUUAUCAAUUUUAGGUAAUCUUUGUUCAUGGGUCAUUAUUCUACAAAGCAACAGUACUGAACAAACAGUUGAACAAUGAACAGCUUACUUUUAUUGAGAUUAUACACUGAAUCUGAUGUUUUGUUUUAAAACAAUUUGUUAUUUGAGUUUGUUCAUUUUAAUAUUUUCAUUUACUUAUAUCAUGUUAUGUGAUGUAAAGCACAAUUUUUAUUUUACUUGGUACAUGUUAUUGUAUUUAUUUUGAAAAAUAAAAAUAAAUCCAG